UGUGUGUGUGUGUGUGUGUGGGUGUCAGACCUGCGCACUCAGCUGACAGACCAGAUCAAGAUUUUGGACUCUCAGGUGGAUGUGAAACAGCAGCAGCUCUCAGACCUCUCAGAGUUUCUGCGGCGCCGAGGCGACAUCGAGACUGAAUACGCUCGCGCCCUCGACAAACUCACUGAGCGAUACACACACAAGACUAAGAAGAAGGAGCAGUGGGGUCAGUCUGUGUGUCAGGUCUGGUCUGUUCUGCUGACUCAGACUCGGUUGGAGAGCCGGGAACAUGCAGUGCUGGGUGACACCUGCUGCAACACACUCACACAGACACUGGCCCACAGUACGGAGGACACACACCGCCUGCACAAACGGAGCAAAGAAGUUGGUAUCCAGAUGCAGGAUGAGCUGCUGAAGGUCACCACUGAAAUGCAGAUGGCUCUGAAGACGUACAACCAGUACCACACCGACUGCCUGAUAGCUGAGGGGAAACUGAAGGAAGCCGAGCGGUUGGAGGAGAGACACACUGGAAAAUCAGCUGAGCUCGGCCUCGGCCAAUCAGGAGGCCAAAGGCGGAGCUCUGUCAAGAAAAUGGAGAGAUUGAUGGAGAAAAGGCAUGGCAGAGUGCAGGAGAAUCAGCUGAAGUGUACCAAGGCUCGUAAUGACUACCUGCUGAAUCUGGCAGCAUCCAAUGCAGCCAUGAACAAGUACUACCUGCAGGACAUCAGCACUCUCAUCGACUGCUGUGAUUUGGGUUUCCACCUGUCCGUGGAGAGGGUGAUGAAGUGCUACCUGGCCAGUAGGUGGCGCAUCCAGAAGACGGAGGAGACGGGGCUGAAGCAGCUGGAGGCCGCCGUGACGUCCCUGAACCAGGGUGGAGACAGAGAUGGGUUGCUACAGCAACACGACUCUGCCUUCUGCCUUCCAUUCAAAUUCAACUACCAUCCACAUGAGGGAGACCAGGUGUGCGAGGUCAGUGCGGAGAGCCAGGUGAGGUACGAGCUGGAGACCAGGUUCCAGCAGCUUCAAUCUCGACUCGCUGCUGUUACCUUGGAAACAGAGGAGGUUAGUAAAACACUUAAAGCCACCCUCACCGCCCUACUGGACAACAUGUGUGAGAGCGACUGUAACCCCUCCCCCGACGUGCUCAGCACCCUAACACACGAGCCCCCUGGAGGAAACACCGCCCAAAAGCUGACCAUUGCCAAGCGUCGAGCCAAUCAGCAGGAGACAGAGACCUAUUAUUUUACAAAAGUGAAGGACUUCCUCAUCAGCAGUUCUCUUACCUUCAAACUUCAAGCCAAACAUGACCUUCUACAUGAUGCCAUACAGAAAGCGGAGGCUGUUGACAGUGACCCUUCCAGAACGCAAUGUGCUCGGUCUGUGCGUGUUCGGAAGUCCAGGCCUGUUUCCCAAUUCUGCCACACACUCUUCACCACAGACAUAGUCACCUACAUACAGAGCUCGGGGCAGCAGAUCCCUGUGGUGGUUGAGAGCUGUAUUCGUUUCAUAAACCUUCACGGCCUCCACCAUGAAGGGAUAUUCAGAGUUCCUGGGUCACAGAGGGAAGUUAACCACAUCAGAGAUGCAUUUGAAAGAGGAGAGGAUCCUCUUUCGGACAGUGAGUGUGACCUGGACUCAGUUGCUGGUGUGUUGAAGCUUUACUUCAGAAACCUUGAGCCUCCUCUCUUCCCGUACGACAGCUACCCUCAGCUGCUGGAGUGUGUCCAAAUCGAGGGGGUGACGGAGAGAGCGACCCAGAUUAAAGCGAUUAUCUCCACGUUCCCACGACCUCUCCUCGUCGUGAUGCGCUACCUUUUCGCUUUCCUCAAUCAUGUGUCUCAGUACAGUGAUGAGAACAUGAUGCAGCCCUAUAACCUGGCCGUGUGUUUCGGGCCGAGCCUGCUGAGGGGAUUGGAUUCUGAUGAUGCUGUUGCUAGGCAGCCACAGAUCAAUGAUCUCGUCAAAACCAUGAUCCUCGAACAUGACAUCAUCUAUCCCGGCCAAUCAGAACUGCCGGGCCCCGUCUACGAGAAGCACAUGACUCUGGAGCAGGAGUACUGCGAACCAAUCACAGAAGAGGGAGACGGGGAGACCGAGCAUCUGCCAAGUGAAGAAGAAUGGGAGGCAGUGGCGAUGUUUGACUACGCAGCAAGAUCUCCGGCAGAGCUGUCCUUCAAGCAGGGAGAGCUGAUCAUCCUGCAGAGCAAGGCCUCCUGUGAUUGGUGGAGAGGCGAAGUGGGAGGGGUUAAGGGUCUCAUCCCUCACAAGUACAUCAGUGUGUUGGAUGGGUCAGAGCGAGGGAAAAGAGAGGAGGGGGGAGGAGGGGGAGGCAGCACUGGAAACCUGACAGCAGAAGAUCUACAGACGGAGAACACAACUCGGACCCCGCUCCCCCGUGCCCGCACCCGCGACGUGCAAUACCGAACCGCGCCCGCUACCUCGCACAUCAUUGCCAAAUUAUUCCGCAACCCGAUCACCCUGCCUGCCAACAUUACCACCUGGCUAUGCAUGUUUUGUGGACUGAUGACACAGGCCACCACCAUGCUCCCCGAGCUGGAUGAAGCUUUCCCAGUGCUGGUGGUGGUAUUCUCCAGCUGCCCACAGUGUGACGGAAAUGUUGGAAAACAUCUUUGA